AUGAGGGAGGAGGAGGAAAGGCGGCCGCGCGCCGGGGAAGCAUCGCCCUCCGGGCUGCGGCUGCGGAGGGAGCUGGGGCUGGCCAGCAGCGUGUCGCUGAUCGCCGGCUGCAUGAUCGGCGCCGGGAUCUUCAUGAACCCGCAGCUCGUGCUCUUCCACGUGGGGAGCCCCGGGGGGAGCCUGCUCAUCUGGGCUGCCUGCGGCCUCCUGGCCACGCUGGGCGCUCUGAGCUACGCGGAGCUGGGCACCCUCAUCCGGGAGUCCGGCGGGGACUACGUCUACAUCCUCAGGACCUUCGGGCCCCUCCCCGCCUUCCUGGUGACCUACGUGUCCACGCUGCUGGUCAGGCCCGCUGGGAUCGCGGCCAUCGCCCUGACCUUUGCGGAGUACGUGCUGGCGCCCUUCCACCCGGGCUGCGCUUCGCUGCCCGCGCUGCUGGUGAGAUGCGUGGCGGCCGCCUGCAUCCUGGUCCUGGCCUUGGUCAACUGCCGGAGCGUGAGGCUGGCGGCCGCGCUCAUGAACGUGUGCACGGCGGCCAAGGUCCUGGCGCUGCUGGUCAUCGUGGGCGGGGGGCUCUGGGUGCUGGCCCGGGGGCAGGCGGCCCCCACCCUCCGGGACGCCUUCGGCGGCACCAGCGCGCAGCCGGGCAGCGUCAGCAUGGCCUUCUACCAGGGCCUCUGGUCUUUUACCGGCUGGAACAACUUGAACUUCGUGAUGGAAGAGCUCAAAAACGCAGAAAAGACUCUGGUCCGGGCCAUAGUGAUCUCCAUCCCCCUGGUCACCGGCCUCUACAUCCUGGUAAACCUGAGCUACAUGGUGGUCAUGAGUCCCAGUGACAUCGGGUCCUCGGGCGCUCUGGCCGUCACCUGGGGGAAUCAAAUCCUGGGAGAUUGGGCCUGGCUGGUGCCCGUGUCAGUGGCGCUCUCGACUUUUGGGUCAGCCAACGGAGGGUUUUUCAGCGGGAGCCGCAUGUGCUACGCUGCCGCCAGGGAAGGGCACAUGCCAGGCAUCCUGUCCAUGGCCCACGUCCGGCACCUCACCCCUUCUCCGGCUCUGACCUUCACGUCCGCAGUGGCUCUGAUCAUGAUCAUCCCGGCAAACUUCAGCAGCAUCGUCAACUUCUGCAGCUUUAUAAUAUGGAUGAUUCAUGGAACUACUAUCAGCUGCCUCCUUUACCUGAAAAUUAAGAAGAAAGACUUGCCAAGAUCAUACAAGGUUCCUAUCAUCGUCCCAGUCAUCGUGCUGCUGGCCGCCAUCUACCUGGUCCUGGCGCCCAUCAUCGACCAGCCACAGAUGGAGUUCCUUUACGUCUUCCUGUUCGUGCUCAGUGGCAUUGUGGUGUAUUUCACCAUCAUUUACUUCCAAUACCAGCCCCGAUUCCUGCAGGUGAUCACAGUACAGCUCCAGCUCUUGCUGGAAGUGGCUCCAACCAUGAAGAAUGUGGACUGAGGGCUGCUGGGAAGUUCUUCUUAUCUUUCCAUCUUUAUUUUCUAUUGUGAACUUAGUGAAUGUGGACAGUUCAGCUUACAAAGAAGAAUAAAAAAGACUGUUAUAUGAAA